AUGGCUUCUGCUACCACUAUGAAGGCACUCAACUACAUCGGACCUUAUCAGGUUCGAGUAGAGGAUGUUGAGAAGCCUAAUAUGGAACAUCCUGAUGAUAUUAUUGUCAAGGUUACAACUGCUGCUAUUUGUGGUUCUGACCUGCACAUGUACGAAGGACGAACAGCUGCCGAGCCCGGUAUUACUUUCGGCCACGAGAACAUGGGAAUUAUCGAGGACUUAGGUGAAGGUGUCACACUGUUGAAGAAGGGUGAUCGCGUGGUCAUGCCUUUCAACGUCGCCGAUGGUCGGUGUCGCAACUGCGAGGAGGGAAGAACCGCUUUUUGUACUGGUGUGAACCCUGGCUUUGCCGGUGGUGCUUACGGUUACGUCGCAAUGGGUCCCUACCGAGGAGGACAGGCCCAAUAUAUUCGAGUUCCUUAUGCAGACUUUAAUGCUCUCAAGCUACCCCCGGGCGAGGAGCAUGAGGCCGACUUUGUUCUUCUUGCAGAUAUCUUCCCCACCGGAUGGCAUGGUCUCGAAAUAUCCGGCUUCCAAUCCGGAGAGAGUGUCGCGGUCUUUGGUGCUGGCCCGGUUGGACUCAUGGCAGCUUACUCGGCUGUUCUGAGAGGAGCAUCCAACAUCUAUGUUGUCGACCGUGUCGCCGAACGGCUGGACUCAGCCAAGGAAAUGGGCGCCAUUCCCAUCGAUUUUACAAGGGGGGACGCCGUCGACCAAAUCAUCGAGCACAAUGGUGGAAUGGUUGACCGAUCGGUGGAUGCUGUUGGAUACCAGGCUGCUAACUCCACUGGCUCUGCCGAGAAGGCGAACAUUGUUCUCGAAAACAUCAUUCGUGUGACAAGGGCCUGUGGAGGAAUCGGUAUUCCUGGACUUUACGUUCCUAGCGACCCCGGAGCCUCCGACACUGCCACUUCAAAUGGAAUGCUCAGUCUCAGUUUCGGAAAGCUGUGGGAAAAGGGCCUAUCAAUCGGUACUGGACAGUGCAAUGUAAAGACUUAUAACCGAUACCUCCGAGAUAUGAUCAUUGCCGGCAAGGCUAAACCCAGCUUCGUGAUUUCGCAUGCGAUUGCACUUGCUGAUGCUGAGACCGCCUAUGAGAAGUUCGACAAGAGAGAAGAUGGGUACACCAAGGUCAUCAUCCACCCUAAUGGUGGAUUCUGA